GGGUUCUCUCGCAAGUGGCAGUAUUGAGGGCUAGAAGCAGGAAUGCGAAGAUGGCUGCAGACAUAGGAGAGCUGCUGGUCCCCUACAUGCCCACCAUCCGAGUUCCCAGAACGGGAGACAGGGUUUUCAAGAGUGAAUGUGCCUUUUCCUACGAUUCCCCAGAGUCUGAUGGAGGCCUGUACGUCUGCAUGAACACGUUCCUGGGCUUUGGACGGGAACACGUAGAGAGACACUACCGCAAAACCGGGCAGAGUGUGUACAUGCAUCUAAAACGCACAGUUAAAGAGAAAGCCUCAGGUGCUGCCGUUGGUGGUGCCGUACCAAGGAGAAGAAAUGGGAAAAUAUUUCUAGAUUUAGAACUUAACCGUGAUUUUAACGGGGAUGAUUAUGAGUACGAAGACGAGGUCAAGCUCGUCAUUUUCCCAGACCACUUCGAGAUCCCUUUACCAAAUAUUGAGGAGUUGCCAGCACUGGUGACGAUAGCGUGCGACGCGGUGCUCAAUGCCACGUGCGCCUACAGGAAGACUGAGUCGGAGACGUGGGAGGAGGAGGUGCAGGUGUCCCGACACGCCAGCAGCCUCAGGCAGCUGGACAAUGGCCUGCGAAUCCCCCCCAGUGGAUGGAAGUGCGCCAAGUGUGAGAUGAGGGAGAACCUGUGGCUCAACCUGACAGACGGAGAAGUGCUUUGUGGGAAAUGGUUCUUCGACGGCAGUGGGGGCAACGGACACGCCCUGCAGCAUUACAGGGAGACCAACUUCCCCCUGGCGGUCAGGCUGGGCACUAUCACCCCAGACGGAGCCGAUGUUUAUUCGUUUGAAGAGGAGCAGGCUGUGCUGGACCCCCACUUAGCAGACCACCUGGCACACUUCGGCAUCAAUAUGCUGCAGAUGCAAAAGCCAACAGAGAACGGGCACACGGACAACGAGGUGCGGCCGCGCCUCAGCGAAUGGGAGGUGAUCCAGGAGUCGGGGCUCAAGCUGAAGGCCGUGUACGGCUCGGGCUACACCGGCAUCAAGAACAUGGGCAACAGCUGCUACAUGAGCGCCACCAUGCAGGUCCUCUUCAGCAUCCCAGAAUUCCAGAGGGCGUAUGUAGGGAGUCUUCAAAGGAUAUUUGACUACUCGCCCAUUGACCCAACGCAGGACUUUGCCACGCAAAUGGCGAAACUGGGUCAUGGCCUGCUGUCGGGACAGCACUCCAAACCUCCGGCCAAAUCCGAGCUCAUAGAACAGGUGAUGACGGAAGAACGCAAGGUGGCCUGGCACCAGCCGAAGGGAAUCUCUCCACGGAUGUUCAAAGCCCUGGUCAGUAAGGGUCACCUGGAGUUCUCCUCCAACCGACAGCAGGACGCCCAUGAGUUCUUCCUGCACAUGCUGAACCAGGUGGAGAGGAACAGCGUGGGCUCGGAGAACCCCAGCGACGUGUUCCGCUACCUGGUGGAGGAGCGGGUGCAGUGCUGCCAGUCCCGAAAGGUCCGGUACACCCAGCGGGUGGACUACCUCAUGCAGCUCCCUGUGCCUGUGGAGGCUGCCACCAACAGGGAGGAGCUGAUCGCGUACGAGGUGAAGAGGAGGGAGGCGGAGGAGAACGGCAGGGGCUCCCCGGAGCCUGUGAGGGCCCGGAUCCCCUUCACCGCCUGCCUGCAGGCCUUCACCGAGCCCGAGAACGUGGAGGACUUCUGGAGCUCCGCCCUGCAGGCCAAAUCCGCCGGAGUCAAAACAUCCCGUUUUGCCUCGUUCCCAGAGUACUUGGUUUUACAGAUUAAGAAGUUCACAUUUGGGGUGGACUGGGUCCCCAAGAAAUUAGAUGUGUCUAUCGACGUUCCGGACUUCCUGGAUCUCUCCCGCCUCCGAGCCACGGGCCUGCAGGCUGGCGAGGAGGAGCUUCCCGACCUCACGCCCCCCAUCGUCAUUCCGGAGGACACCAGAGAUAGCUCAAUGAACAGUUCUAUGGACUCUCCAGAAAUAGACGAGGCGGCGGUGAUGCAGUUGGCAGAGAUGGGCUUCCCCUUGGAGGCCUGCAGGAAGGCGGUGUACUACACCGGGAACAUGGGCCCCGAGAUGGCCUUCAACUGGAUCAUCACCCACAUGGAGGAACCAGACUUCGCCGAACCAAUGGCGACGCCUUCCGCCUCAGAGGCCACUCCCUCCAGCGCCGGCCUGGCUCCGCCCCCCGCCCUGGACAACCAGCCGCCCGAGGAGAGCAUCUCCAUCCUCAUAUCCAUGGGGUUCCCACGGCAACACAGCAUCCAAGCCCUGAAAUGCAACAACAAUAAUCUGGAGCGGGCCCUGGAGUGGAUCUUCUCCCACCCUGCCAGUGAGGAGGGCAGUGAGGGGGCCUCUGACAUGGCCAGCACGGAGCCCAACGACAACGCCGGGUCCAGCAGCAACGCCCACAGCGACUCCACGCUGUCCCCCGACCAGGACCCGCUCGGACCCCGGAUCAGAGACGGACCUGGCCGUUAUGAGCUGUUUGGCUUCAUUAGCCACAUGGGAGCAUCGACGAUGUCUGGACAUUACGUGUGCCACAUCAAGAAAGAGGGGAGAUGGGUGAUCUACAAUGACCAUAAAGUCUGUCUAUCAGAGAGGCCUCCUAAAGACUUGGGCUACAUCUACUUUUAUCACCGACUGUCAAGCAGUUAGACCCAAGCACCAACCGUCAACCUCCAAAAGUCUUCUCGCCACGAGGGGUAAACGAUGAAAACAUCUCCACCAGACCAGCAAAGAGGCGACAGGCCUGUGAGGUCACACAGAAAACGGCUCGAAUACCAGCCCGUUCGAAGAGGGAAAAGAAGUGGUGUAAUUUGUUUUGUUUUUUUAUUUAAUUGCAAUGUAUUAUUUGUCCCAGGUAGAGGUACAGAGGAGAUGUGUGCAAUUUUAGUCGCUGAAAUUCAGAGCUUAAUAUAUAUACAGUAGUGCAUAUCAGAUUUUCAUUUUAUUUUUACCCCAUCUUGUUUUCUAUGCAUUCAUACUUUCUUUAAUACUAGAGCCUUAAUUUUUGGCAUUGUGGGAUAUGCUGAUGAGAAUGUUAUGCACCAUAGCCAGUUUUGUAUCCUGCCCUAAACUGGAAGGGUGAGCAGCAGAGUAUUUUGAUGACGCAGUGAAUGGGAUCUUUUCUUGAAGGCAUUUUACAGACUCUCAUCUCCAGAGUGAAUUUCACAGUAUAGUAUUUCAUUUCAUAGUAUCCUUCUGUACAGCUAUUGACCGAAACUAUUCCGGUGUAGUGCCUUGCACAAAGAUAUAACCCUGGCACAGCCCCAGCUUGGAUUGGAACCUGCAAAAUCAGAGCUUCUCUGCCUGUUAUGUUACACUGCCACUUCUACCUGUACUACUGCCAUAUCCCCCCCCCCCCUCCAGGUGUCUGUACAUGUGUACCGUUUGUAAAUUAUUCUGGGUAAUUGUGGAUUAGCAAGUGUUACGGCAUUGCAAUGGAUGAUACAUAAAAUAUCUUGACGCUGCUUAAGUUGAGUACAGUAGAGCGUGUUCAUGAAGACACCCGACAUUAAGCUGAGGAUGAAGUCCAUUGCAUACACAAAGGCGGCCAUUUUGAAAAUGUUCUGCUAGCAUGGAGGAAUGGGGGUUGGACAGACCAUGGGCUCAUUCCACUCGCUUAUUUUUAUCCUCCUUUUUCCUUGUUCCUUGCCUGACCUGGAAAUAUUUCGAGGUCCGCCAUGUUUAAGGAAAUUCCGGUCUGUUCCUUCUAAGAGCUAGAAGCUGAAGUUAGAAGGUUUCAGAAGUUUUCUUGAGCAAGAGCACAUCCUUUGCGGAACAAUUUAAAUGUAAAUAAUCAACUUGUGGAUCCACCUCUCCCCGUCUGCUCUUUUGUAACUGACGUGGCUUCAAACUGUCAUUUGAAGGAGCGAAGUCAUGUUUGCCUAAUUCACGUUCUCAAUUUCCCCCCCUCUUUACUUCCUUUUCUUACCUCUCUUUCUUGUAAGGAAGGCAAGGAGAUGAAAAAUAAGCAAUUGGAAAGAGCCCCAAAUAUCUCUUCCAACUGGUCUAGUCUCCAGCUCCUGGUGAUGGCGUCUUGAGUGACGAUUCAAAGGGAAUGCAAAGAACCUUCAUCUCAGCCCAAGCAGAUGCCGCCAUAACAACCAUUUAUGAGAGAAUCCAUUUUUGUUUUUACGUGAAAGCACUUUCAUUUUCGCUUUUAUUUAAUUUGAGCUAUAAGCAGGAAUUGCACACAUUGCCUUGACCCUUGUUAUAAUUUACUCUUUUUUUUUUUUUUCUUUUUUCUUGUGCCUGAUGAAUGUGGCAAAAGUCUGUUGAAAGAAUGCAGAGGUACAAACCAAAAAGUGAUCUGUCCCGUUUCCUUUCCAAAAGGGUAAUGUUCUGUGUUCCAUUCAAUGCCAUUCAGUAAGAAAGCGGAGUUACCUGUGUGUUUUGACAGAACAGUAUUGUAGUAUAUACACAGUAUAUAACAUUAUGCACAGACAUGCAGAGGUGUUGCUUAUGGAUCGCUAAUUCAUUUCAUUGCUGUAGUGUUAAAAUGAAGUGUAUACACAUGAAGUGUGUGUGUUUGUAAGAAUAUCAGGCUGUCGGUAACAAAAUAAGGCUUGGUCUACUAAUUUCUAUUGGAAGGAAUUUUUUUUUUUUUUUUUUUGUAAUUUUAUUUCAAAUUCACUUUGCCAUGAAGUGCGGUCAAGUAUCACUGUCUAACGAAUACAUUGAGUGAGACCACUUUUAGCCUGGAGUACAGUCUUAAUGGACUUAAUUAGGCGCAAUAUUUACAAGUGGCCAUUUUGCCGUUUCUUGCUGUAAUGUAGUGGAUCGAGCGUGAAAGCACAAGAGUCUCAGUCUAAAUAGGUCACUCUGCAUGAUGGAAGUGACAGGUACUCUCUUUUAGAACAGUUUAAAAAAAGUCAUAAUAAAUUCUCCGUCUGAGGUAGGCUCGGCGUUAAUUUUCGGCAAAGCCAGGGUUUCAGCGAGCAUUUCGUUUUCCGCCACUAGCCAAAAGGAACAGAAUGUAUUUGUUUGUUUACUGCACAGUGUUUCCAGUAAAAUUCAUAUAGCAAUAUGCCAUAGACUCAAGCAAACAGAUUGUUCUCUUUGGAGGGAAAAUAUAUGCAUUUCAUGGAUUAAACUGUGGUUGUUUUUGCGGUUCAGGGAUAACCUGUCAGACACGUUGUUGAAUGUACUCCCGUUUGCCGUUACCAAGCCUUAUCUAUAGAUUUCUCUCCUGCAUUAUUCAAACAUUUGCAGUGUUGAAGAAAAUAACUUUCUUCCCUGACAAAAUCUCCUUUUUCAUGCAAAAUAGACAUGUUGGGCACAUCUUCCAUUUUGUUCAGAAAAUAAAAUAAUUUGUGGUGUUCCUUUACAGAAGGCAGAACUCAUUUCUGAUGAACAAAGUUUAUUUUCUGCCUGGUUCUCAGUUGAAACAGAGCCACUAUGUACAAGAGACUUCAUUUUGAGGCCCCAAGGUAUAGUAGGAAACAUUGAAGUGUUGAUUCCGGAGUCUAUGCACUGUACAUUCAGUUAUCUUGCUCUCCAAAGGUUUCAGAAGUUUAAGAAUGUCUUGGCAUUGAAAACUUGAAUUUACCAUGCUUGUUCCAAACAAAAAUGACUACUUGCAGUGUACGAUGUAUGGUACUACGAUGCAAUUUACAUAUCAAAAAUAUGUCACUUUUGGGUUUUUUUUUGUUUUGUUUUUGUUUGUUUUUUUACUUUUUUUGUAAGAAUCUUAAAAUGUCAAUGACACAUCUGAUGUGUUUAACAAAGCAUAGUCCCUUUAAUUUCCGUUUGAAAACCAAAUCAGUGUUGGACACAUUACCUAAUACUUGCUGUGGUACUCGGUCUAUGCAGUUCAGUGGCAAUUGCUCUACUUCCUAUGCAACUCCUUCUCCCUUUCUUUCUCUGUUCUCGUUGGUUGAGGCUUCUUGUCAACUCUUUUCUAUCCCUCUCCCCCUCUUUCUUGCUCUUCUGACUUUGUGGGUUUCUUCCUGCUUUUUUUGCAGUGGCUGUAACAUAGUGUAUCGGGGGGAGCGGGGGAGGGGGGAGGGUCUGCAAUAGCCCUGGCCCCCUCUCCCCUUUAAUACCAUAAAGGUAUUACAGUUAAACUUUGUAUUACAUCUUCUGUAUUACAUCAGCAUGUGCACUAAUGGCUGACAUUCGUCAUUUUAUUUGUACAAUGGAACGUUCGUGUGGGUGUGUGUUUGUGUGUGCGUGGUUUUUUUCAUUGAAUUGAACAGCAAAUGAUACGUCACCUUGUUUUUAUUUUAUUUAAUCUUUUUUUUUUUUUUUGCAAAAAACAAAACAAAUAUUGUGCCAAUCCUGUAGUUUUAUUUUCCUAGUUUUUCUUCAUCAGUAUUUAUAGUUUCAUUAUUUUAUUUUUUUAUGUACUUCAAUCUGCCUCUCACAGAUAUACUGAAAUGUAUGCGCUGUAUUUUUCAGUCCUGGUGUAGAUCAGAAUAAUAUACCGCAAUCUUUGGCAAUAUGCAAUGGUCUUUAGGUCUUUUGUCAUGCUUAGUCUUUCAGUGAUGAAUGUUAUGUGGAAAACCUUCAAGGUACAAACAAAUCCACUGGUGCUGCUUACUUGUAAUAUUGGGAUGGUUCAAUAAACAACACAUUUGUUGA